AACUCAUUCGACAUUAGCAAGCUUUUAACACAUUCCAGCCCGAAGUGGCUUCUUCCCUUCCCAAAAAAGUUCUGUUUAUUUAUAGUUUCCGGUUGUUCAGUCCCUUCACGGUUGUCACUCUGGUAGUUCAACCUCUCUGGGUCGGUCUCCUCAUGUCAACCAGACCUAAUCCCAAUCCUCAAAGCAAUGGGGAAGAAGCCGAAGAGAUAGAUGUAAGCUUGAGAAUCUUAAAAACAGUCAGCUUAAAGGUGAGUAAAUGUAUGACAGUUGGAGGGGUCAAAGCCUUAGUAUAUGAGAAAGAAGGAAUACCAGAAUGCAUGCAGGAAAUGUUUUACAACGGCAAUCACCUUAAGAAUGACAGCAAGAUGGUGGAUCAUGGCAUCUCUACUAACUCCACUCUCAAUGCAUAUGUUAGUAAUGCAUUACCCAUGAACUUAACUAUCAGUAUACUACGCACAAAUAAAACUGUAUUAGUUCAGGCUAGAAGUAAAGACACAGUUCAGAAUAUCGAGGCUUUAAUCGAGGCCAGAGAAAACAUCCCUUCCUAUAGCCACACUUUGGUUCAUGCAGGAAAGCUGCUUGAAGAAGACAAGACGUUGGCGUUUCUUGAGAUCCGUGGGGGGGCAACGCUUCAUGUGGUUUUCAUUCCCCAGGGUAUGUUUCAGAUUUCAGUGAAGCUGUUAAACGGAGAAGUUGUGAAAAUGCAAGUGAAUAUGAGUUACACCAUACUUGAUGUAAAGGAGUUGCUUGAAAGCAUAGUUGGAUCGCCAGUGGGGGUUCUCACUUGCGAUGGGAAUAUGCUUCUGGACAAUGCGACACUUUCACAACACAAAAUUUCAAGUGAUUCCAUGUUGGAGAUGGUUUGUCAGAUAUUCAUAAAGAGUGGUUGCAAAAGUACAGCUUUUGAAGUCCGCUUAGGGGACUCUGUCGCGCAUCUGAAGGAAAUGAUUGGUUCCAGGAUGGGAACACCAGUUCAUGCACAAAGACUUGUGUUCGAGGGAAAGAUGCUUGAAGAUGAAAGGGAUUUGGCAAGCUAUGGUGUUCAUAAGGACUCUAACAUUUAUCAAUGUGGUUAAAAUAGGUAAGCAGUAAGCUACCCACAAUUGACAUGUCUCUCCAGACUCGAUUUUGACUAGUAGUUUUUCACCUUAGCGAUGACGUAAGGGAUUAGUUAUGUCCUACAUAAUUAUACUCCUUCUAUCCUUAAUUAAUUUAUGAUUUUGUUUAUUUUUCUCUUCUCAAUACAAUUUAUUAUGUCACUUGUUAUAUUAUUGUCAGUUUAUUAUGCCCC